AACAACGAUACUUUAACAUCAGAAAAUUAUAACCUAUCCUCCUUAUUACUUCAAUUGUUUACUAGUUCAGCUUGGAAUAACGGUCCAAAUGCUUUCUCUCUCCGCCUAUCUCCUGCCUCUGGCAAUCCUCUGCCAAUGGGCCAUGGCCCUCCCUCCCGCUGUGCAGAUUUCCCCCAAUCUUAAAGUCGGGAACCUGGCCUCAGUAUUUGACCACACUGAUGCGUACCCCAUGCCUAACGCCGGCAAUAUCUCAGCUCACGACCCCAACAUCCUCGAGCACGACAACACCUUCUACAUGUUCAAGGGCGGCGUGCAUAUCCCCUACUUCAAGGCCACCGACUUGAGCGGUCCAUGGGAAGAAGUUGGAACCGUCCUGUCCAAGGACAGCAUUAUUCCCGAUCGCCCGAACGCAACUCGCCCCUGGGCUCCAACAACUGUCGAAUACAAGGGCAAGUUCUACUGCUUCUACUCGGUCAGUCAGGCUGGAAGCCGGAAGAGUGCUAUUGGUGUUGCGUCAACUGAGGACAUUGCUAAGGGUUCCUGGACGGACCAUGGCAGUCUGAUCGUGACUGGAAAUGACAACCAGGGGUCGCCGUACAAUCUGACCAACGCGAUUGACCCAUCCUUUGUUGUCGACCAGAAGACUAAGACCCCGUACUUGAACUAUGGCAGCUACUGGCACAACCUCUGGCAGGUUGAGUUGGAGGACGACCUGCUGUCCGUCAAGCACAACACGAACACGACUAUCGAGGUUACCCAGAAGAAGGGAAAGAACAACAAGAACGACAAGAGUGACAACAAGAAGAAUCAGGUCCAGGGGAUCGAGAACCUCAAGGCCACACAGCUCACCUUUAUGCCGAACCGCGAAAACAGACCCGAGGAAGGAUCCUGGAUGAGCUUCCACGACGGCUACUACUACAUGUGGUUUAGCCAGGGCAAAUGCUGCGACUUUGAGAAUGGAUUCCCCAAGAAGGGCGAUGAGUACCAUAUCCGUGUCGGACGCUCCAAGAACAUCAGCGGACCCUUCAAGGAUAAGGAUGGCAAUGACCUUCGCAACGGCGGUGGCACCACUGUCUACGCUUCCAACCAUGGUCUUACCUAUGCUCCUGGUGGUCUGGGUGUUCUCCCUGGUAAUGACCAGCGCCGCGACGUCCUCUACUACCACUUCUUGGACACCAGGGUUGGCUUCAAGCACGCUCAAGCUCAGCUUGGCUGGAACUACCUCGAGUACGACAACGGAUGGCCCGUUGCCAGCAAGAAUGGCAAUAACGACAAGAAGAGUGGCAACAAGCAAGCUACUGCUACGGCUAUUACGGCUACGGCUAAGGCUACACAGACAAAUGGCUCUUCCAAGGAGACAGUCGCGCCGAAAAAAAACUCUCAGUAAUUUUUUCGGUGUUGAUGUUGAUGGUUUGGACUUGAUUUUUGUUGCAUAGCAUUGCAUAGCGUUGAUUUUAUUUGGUCUGGUCUGGUUUGGUUUUGUAUUUUAGCGUUGCAUAGCUUUUUGGAUUCCCCAUGGUGUUACGGAUGGAUUUUGGUGC